AUGGUAGCCCCGUCUCUCCUCCGUCCGUGCCACCCACAAGGUCGUACAUCCCUGCAUCAGAUGGGGAUGUACACAGCACUCCGUGUGGCGCAAUGGGUGGUGGGCAAGGCGCUAGCCCCCGUUGCCGAGGGUGUGCUGGGGGCUUGGGCAGACACCAAGAACUUUGGUCCCAACGUCGAGGCCCUCAGCACGGAACUGCUGCUCGUGAAGGCCAUGCUUGAGCAGGCUGCCCACAAGGAGCUCGGAGGCCCGGCAAUGGAGAUGCUGCUGCAGAAGCUGCGGGACUCGGCUCAGAAUGCCGAAGAUUUGCUGGAUGAGCUGGACUAUUUCCGCAUCCACGACAAGCUCCAUGGAACGUAUGAGGCUGCCGACAAGCACGGCAAGGGUUGCGUCCGCAACCUUGCCUUCAAUGCUCGCCACACCGCCGAAACUGUUGGCAAACUGGUUAACUGUUGCGCUUGGCAGCGUGCUAAGCGCCGGCAGAGGUCACACAACAAUUCCUCCUCAGCGCCAAGCGCCAAUCAUGAGGCCAGCGGAUGCAUGCCCAAGCUCGGUAAACUCCUCCCUUGCUCAUCUUCCCCACAUCUACAUGUUGGUGAUGGCGAUGGUGGCAAUGAGCAAGAAACACCAAAGCUUGAGUUUAAUAGGAUUGGUUUCUCUCAAAGGAUGAAUAACAUUGUAGAGAAACUGCAGCUUAUGCGCAAUGAGGUUAGCAAGAUUCUGAUACAUUGUGGCCCUAGAACUGUCCCAGACACUGCCCAAAUUCGUCCUAUCACCAAAGGUCGGAUUGAUGAGCCAAAACUGUAUGGGAGGGACCGUGUCAUGAAUAGCAUCAUACAUGAUAUCACCAAGGGUCAAUAUUGUGACAAGGGUCUAACUGUGCUGCCGGUUGUGGGUCCGGGGGGAAUGGGGAAGACAACUCUGAUACAACACAUAUAUCGCAACCAACAAGUGCAGAAUCAUUUUCCAGUCAUGAUUUGGAUAUGUGUCUCCCUUGAUUUCAAUCUCGAUAAGGUGCUAGAACAGAUUAAAACAUGUACACAUCGAGUUGAAGCGGAAAAAGAGGGUAUUAUAACAGAAAAUGUGAUUGAACAAAGAUUAAAAUAUAAAAGGUUCUUACUUGUAUUGGAUGAUAUAUGGCGGAUUAGUAAUGGGGAUGAUUGGGAAAAACUAUUGUCGACACUCAAUCAAUCACAAGAAAAGGGUUCCAUGAUUCUCGUCACAACUCGGUUUCAAGCAAUAGCACAGAAGGUUAAAACAAUUGGCCACUCAAUAAAGUUGAACGGUUUAGAAUCUGAAGAGUUUAGGAAGUUGUUCCUUGCAUUUGUAUUUGGUGAUGAGCAAUGUCCAAGGGAUAAACAUUUUUUGCUUGAGACUGGAGAUAAGAUAAUGGAAAAACUAAAGGGCUCCCCUCUUGCGCAAAAACAGUUGGUAGAUUACUGA